AAUUGUUGCACGUCGAUAUUGACGCCGGCGCCACCUUUUGAGCAAGCCAAGAAGCUACAAUGAUGACAGUGGAAGCCAAUCCUGUUGUCAUUUCAUUCAGUUCUGUCAAUUACAGCUGAGCGCGACUCCAGUUAAACCUUCAAGAGUUUGAGUUGUGAAAAUCGGAGCAAGACCAAUGUGGUCGUUAAGUAACGAAGGGUUUUGAGAAUGGGAGUGCGCUAGAUGUGAGCCCAGCACAACGCCCCGUUGCCCCUUUUAGCGCCCUGCAAAAUGCCCCCAAUGAAAGAGAGUGACCAAGCGACGAGCCUCUGCAGAACCACCCUUGAACACCACUCCAAAAUUUUGCAAAACCUGAAUAAACUGCGACAGAACACAACAUUCUGUGAUGUUGAGGUCUCUGCCGGUGAUGGAAUUUCCAUCAAGGCCCACAGGGUCGUUCUGUCAGCCAGCACGCCUUACUUUGAAGCCAUGUUCAGCAGAGGCCUUAUCGAGGAACGCCAAUCAAAUAUCAUCCUCCACUCCAUCAACGGUUACAUUCUUAGGAUUCUCAUUGACUUCAUUUACACAGGAGACGUGCGAAUUACCCGGGACAACGUCCAAGAUGUCAUGGCUGCAGCUGACAUGAUACAGUUGAAAGAUGUGGUCACAACGUGCACUCAAUUUAUGAAAUCUGAGCUGCACCCCAGCAAUGCUGUUGGAAUAUACAGAUUCGCUGAGGUUCACAACUUCAGGGAGUUGAUAACGGCUUCCACCAAGUACAUCCAGGACCACUUCACCCUCGUCUGCUGCGAGGAAGAGUUCCUAGAGUUGCCAAAAGAACAGCUUUGCUACUUCCUCUCCAGCGAAUAUCUAAAAGUCGACAGCGAGUUUCAAGUAUUUGAAGCAUCAAUGAGAUGGUUCAGCCAUGACGUAAUCCAGAGGCGGCGAUACGUCUUUGAAAUUUUGAAACCCAUUCGCUUGCCCCUUCUGCCGACCACCCUCUUAGAAAAAGCAAUCAGUGAGUGCAUAGAUGUCAGUCUGAAAGUGGCCUUGAAGAGCGUGAGGAAUGACUUGAUCAUGAAGAAGGGGAGCUUGGUGCCGCUCAGUGUUUCGCCUCGCAUCGCAGCCAAGAAGGACAUUUAUGUCAUCGGAGGAUCAAAAAGAGAGAUAAUCAGUACAUGGACCAGAUCAGAGUGCACAUACACUUCAAUCGAAUGCUUUGACACCUUCAAACAGCAAUGGUGUCCAAGAAAAUCCAGUAUGGCCAUCGGUCGAAUUCAGCCGGGUGUAGUGGCACUUGACGGUCUCAUUUACGUUGUCGGAGGAGAGCAGGAUUCACAGAUAUUAGCCAACGGAGAGGUUUACAAUCCAAGAGAUGACACUUGGGCGAGCGUUGCUAGUAUGGUCGUCCCUAGAUGUGAAUUCGGACUCUGCGCUCUGCAUGGAUAUCUUUAUGCCAUUGGAGGGUGGGUCGGCGAGGACAUAGGGGGCAGCAUCGAACGGUACGACCCUCUGGAAAAUGUUUGGGCUCUGGACGGGAGUUUACCUGCUCCAAGAUUCAGCAUGGGCGUUGUUGCAUAUCAAGGGCUGAUAUACAUUGUGGGUGGUUGUCUUCACAACAAACGACACCUGACAGACCUCAUCAGCUAUAAUCCAGUCACCAGCGAAUGGGUGACUUUAGCCCCGAUGUUGGUGCCAAGAAGUCAAAUGGGAGUUGCUGUGUUGAACCAUUUUCUCUACGUCGUCGGAGGUAUCAACAGACAACAUGAGGUUUUGCAGUCAGUGGAGCGCUACAAUUUUUUAGAGGAUAAAUGGACUGAAGUUCCUGCUCUCAAGAGAGGCCGCGCCAGCCCAGCUGUAGCGGCUGCCGAUGGCCUUUUGUAUGUCAUGGGUGGUGACCAUUCUCACGAAGUCAACUUCUACCGAGCUCGCAUCACAAUGACCAGUGUCGAGUGCUUCAACCCAUUGACUAACGCUUGGACUGACCGCCCUCCUCUUCCAGAGAGUCGCAGCGAGGCUGGGUCAGUUGUCGUGUAGCACCAAGUCGAGUCACAACGCCAAUCAAUCAUUCAUAACUCAAGUUCAUUUGUAUUGCUUUUGUUAUAAUCUGGGAGCGAGGUAUAAUGAUGUCAUACCAUUUUAAUUUGACCACUUUGCUACUCUGAAUACUUCGGCGCACAUUACAAAAAGCAUUUUUAAUUAUUGCAAAGAUUUAACCGCGUUUAGGGUUAACAAUUGAGCCUUCGUGUAUAGUUUUCAAUCCUGUCUUAAAUAUUUCCACAUCAGCUAGUGUUAACCAUGUAUGUAUUAAUGUAUCUUAUUUUCAUUUAAUUGCUGUGAAAUUGUUAGAAAAGUGAUUUGUUUAAAUGGAAAAUUCGUCUAUGCUGCAAAUUCACAAGUUUGUUAACUUUAUGAUCUUAUUUAUCGUCAAAAAUUCCUAUUUGAGUCAUUACUAUAGAAUAAAAUGAUGGUAAUAAAACAUAAUUAUUCAUAUUAUCAGCUCUAAAUUGCCUCAAUUCUCUGUUACUAAUCCUCAAGGUGAGAAAUUAACUUGUCAAUUGGAAAUGCAAUAAAAAAUGCGCACUUAAGAUGGCGGCAUUGUUGAUAGCUUUAUUGCAUACUUUUUACAUAAUAUAAUGUAUGUUUUUUAGACACAACUAAUUUUAAAUCCCUGGCAUGUGACGACGCCUCUGGCAAAUCAAUUUCUACUGACGGGAUGGUCGGUCGUUUUACUUGUUUUUCAGCUCAGGUCCCCAGUUAAAGAAGAACAAACCAGAGCUCUUUGC